CUCGCGACCUUUGCCCCCUAAUAAGUGGAUAAUCAUGGCGACCACCGACGUCCAUAUUUCUUCCGUGUGGACAGAAGCUGACCCGAACGAGCGACCAGUGGUCAUCGUUGGUCAAGUAUCUAACUUGAAGAAAGUGUCUUGGGACAGCGUGAGGGGCAAGCUUCACCCAAGAGUGACGGCUGAGACUUUCAAGGAAGCCCUGAGCAACUUGCACCCUUCACCGACCGACAGCUGUCCCCUCUGGUUAAACAAUGCAACUGUCGCAGCCUUGCCCAGCAAGGCCAGUCGACACAACACGCCGUCACGUGCACAUGCCCUCAGCAAGAUCGUUCGCAGCAGUAUGGCAGGCUGCAGGGAGGAGUGCAUUGUGCUUGUUUGUGAGAAGAGUGAAGUCUUUGCAUCAGCCUGUGCUGUCUCUCGUGUUUUCCCCUCUUUCUCGAGGAAGUCAGGAUCAUCGCAGAGGCGCAAAAUUGUGGUGGAGUUUCUCCUUGUCGAUGGGGGAAAGGACAAUACCAUCUCUGAGGAUGAUGCCAAAUGUCUUCAGGCUGCCUGUAAUGCAGUACGUCUGACAGCCCAGAUUGUGGACACACCCUGCAAUGAGAUGAAUACAGAUGACUUCUUGAAUGAAAUUCAAACUGUUGGGAGCCAAGUUGGCAUAACCCCUGUGAUCAUCCGUGGAGAGGAGCUGAAACAGAGGGGAUUUGGAGGUAUCUAUGGAGUGGGUAAGGCAGCAGAUCAUCCCCCUGCACUCGCCAUCCUGAGUCACCGGCCCACAGGUGCUACUCAGACUGUGGCGUGGGUAGGAAAGGGCAUUGUGUAUGACACAGGAGGACUUAGCAUCAAGGGCAAGACCGCUAUGCCAGGAAUGAAGAGAGACUGUGGCGGUGCUGCUGCUGUGUUGGGGGCAUUUUGUGCUGCUGUCCAACAGGGCUUCCAGGACAACCUCCAUGCAAUAUUCUGCCUGGCAGAGAAUGCUGUGGGGCCACUUGCUACAAGACCAGACGACAUUCACAAACUCUACUCAGGACGGACUGUAGAGAUCAACAACACUGAUGCUGAGGGCCGCUUGGUACUUGGAGAUGGGGUGGCCUAUGCUGCAAAGGACCUCCAGGCAGACAUCAUUGUGGACAUGGCCACCCUUACUGGUGCUCAGGGUAUCUCUGUUGGGAAAUACCAUGCUGCCAUCCUUACUAACAAUGAGCAGUGGGAGCAGGCUUGUGUAACAGCAGGGCGGAAGUCAGGUGACCUGGUGCACCCCCUACCAUACUGCCCAGAACUGCACUUCAGUGAGUUCAAUAGUGCUGUUGCUGAUAUGAAGAACUCAGUAGCUGACAGGAACAAUGCCCAGAGCUCAUGUGCAGGUCUCUUCAUUGGUGCCCACCUUGGAUUUGACUGGCCAGGGAUUUGGCUUCAUAUAGACAUGGCAGCACCAGCACAUGCGGGUGAGCGUGCUACUGGCUAUGGUGUAGCCUUGCUGCUAGCUCUGUUUGGCCGUGCAUCAGAGACAGAUCUCCUGCAGGCUGUGUCUCCACUGGGACCUGUCCAAGACAAGCAGGAGGACAUCAUGGAAAAUGCAUGCAAGAAACGCAAACUGGUGUAAGGAUGAGGAAGCCCACUUUCAUGCAAAUGUGGACAUGGAUGACACAUCCGAUGAUCGUCAAAGUCUCCUCAGUUUUGACCAACUUUGGAAUACAUGUAGUUUGGGAAGUGAUAAAAAUCAUGCAAUUCAACUUCUUAGUGUCAUGCAUUGGAUGUUAAAAUUUUCAUAGUUUCAAUUUUCUAUUGUUUUUUUCGUGGAGGAAAAGAGCCUACAAGAAAAUGGGGCAAAUACAAGAAUUCAUACCAUUUUACAUUAUCAUGUCACAUACAUGUACCUAAGUGUAGAAUUGUGCAGUUAGGAUGGUCACAUAUAAGGGUAUAGCAACUUGCAAGGUACUUCAUCACAUUACCCAUUUGACACUUAAGUUAAGUACAUUUUCUGAUCAUUAUAUUCCACAAUAAUGAUAGUAUUAUUCAAUUAACAUACAUGUUUGCAUCAAUUGUAUACCCGUACUAAACACUGUCAAAAUACAAGAGGAAAGAAAUCAGAUUGUUGUGGUAGCACUGUGGUCUGAUUUUAUCCUGUAAGCAGACGAUUGUAAGAGUACUUCAAUGAUUAUGGAUCACUUCAUUUCUGGUGUAAGAUAUACAUGUAUGACACUUCAGUCAUUUAAUCAACAGGCUACUGAACAGGUUGGAAAGAGUCACACUUGUAUGCAAAUUAAAGAGGGCUGCAUGUUCUAAGCUCUGAUUGGUCACUUUGGAUAACCUGUGUCUGAUUGGUUGAUUGAAUAAAUCAGUUGCGUAUCACAAUGAA